AUGGAAGAUCAAUUAUGUCAGUUGAAAUUAAGUGAAAAAGAGGCAAGAAUGCAUCUGAACAUUCUCAUAGAAGCAUGCUGCUAUCUAAUGCCCAGAAAAACCCAAGAAGGUUUUUGGAUAGUUGAUAAUUUGCUAGAACAAAUUAGGAAUAAAGCGAUUCCUAUUUUUGAAGCAAAGUUUUUUAAUGCAAUGGCUGUCUUUGCCUUCGACAAUAGUACAAACCAUGAAGCAUAUACAGAAGAUGCUCUUAUUGCUGCAAGAAUGAAUUUGAACCUGGAGGAAACCAACCAAAAAUGUGAUCAACAACUUUUGUAG